CGCUGUGAGGACCACUGGUGGGGAGGAAAUGGAUCUGAAAUGACAGAAAAUGACAAGUGCAUUGGUAUGGCGUACAAUGCAGUUUGGCGAGAGUCUGGCCAGAACGUCAUCUUGAGAUGUUCCUUCGCGGGAUGUUCCAGUAGCAUCAAAGGGUAUGAUGCGAUGUAUCUGUAUCAGGACCACAAAGAGCGGAGACAGGUGCUUUACUACCACUCCAAUCCAGGAGGAACCGACAAAAUCACCCCGGGAUUAAGUUUCAAAGGAAGGGUUCGGACAGAGGGAACCCUGAAGGACCACACGGUCACCAUCAGCGGGCUGACUGUGGAUGACGCCGGUGUUUACAGCUGUGUCUUCCUCAAGUAUCCAGAUGGUGAAGUGACAUGCAGUGUCUACACACUAUUUGUAGGAUGUACAAUAGUACAGAACAGUACAGUGCAAGCAUCCAGAGUGGAACCAUGUUCAGCAUCAACAGGAGCGCCUUACGGCCUCGCCGACGAGCAUAUUCCCCCUAUGGUGUUGAUCAUCAUCGCUGCCUGCACCCUCAGCACCCUGGCAACCAUCAUCUUCAUCCUGCUGAUCGUCCCAAGGGUGAAACGAUGGACUUGCAGCAGAAUAAGAACAGCGGAUGUCCUGCAGCAGGUCUUCAAUGACAAUGUGUAUGAAGUUAUGACCAAGAACGGCCUCCUCCCUCUGCAAGAGCAGCCGCCGCCCGGCCCGCAGGAUUAGACUUAGCAUUGCUUCCCUUGGCUUGGUGGCCAUCUUCUUCUUGAAGGCUGGUUUACUUUGACUGAUUGCACCAACCCACAUGAGACAAAAUGUGAAAAGCAUUUCACAACUAAGCAAUGGAUCAAUAUUCAAACUUUAAUAUUUGUAUGUUAUGGUGUUUUUUUUCUUU